CGAGAACAAAACAAAUUUUUACUGAGGUCAGCAGCGAAAUGCCCGGUCUGCAGAAAGAGGAUCUCGAGAGAAGCGAUCAUGUAUUUUUUUUCAUUCUUAGAAUUAGAAGAUACAAUAGGAGCAUGGACUUAUAAAUUCUAUCGACAUUGAUAUUCGAAUUGCAAAUGCAUUUGUAAAAGAAGUAAAAGCGAAACUAAAAAUUGCAACAACGAACUGUAGGAGGCAUGCAAAAGCUCGCAUUUGAUAAUGUGGCACCUAUUAUAACUACGUAGUAAGCUGUUUCUGAAUUCGCGAUUCUUGAACAUCAUUUGCUCGUAUACUGAACACAGCGACCUGCUUGAUUGUGCCUACGCGGAGCGACGUCAGAAGCCCGAGUUUCAAGAUGCGGAGUGCCGGUUGCUGCAGCAGCACUGCCUUCGGGAAGCUGAGCAUGGUUUGCUCGGCCCUAAUCCAACUCUUGCGGGAUUUCGAACUGCGUUGCAGUUUUUCCGGACCAGCCUGAAGUACCGCGAUAACCCAAGGAUCCGAGAGCGGAUUUGCAGCGUUGCUUUGCAGGGUGCACAGCAGGCGUGCUCCAUGCAUCGAGAAUCGGAGGGCAUUGAGAUGUUACAGGACAAUUUUCCGAUCGCGGAAGCUGCCGACCAAGGAGCAGCGUUCCUGUUUCAGAGCAGAUAUGUGACAAGGUUCACCGAGAAGAUUGAAGAGUGCCACCGUGCUUCGGGCUUACGGGAUCGACAACAGCAAGCCCAGAGUUUGAUCGAAAAGGCGGAGAAGAUCUUUGAAGCGCGAGCGCGUGAUCUCGUCGAGGCAUCUAUUCUCGAC